CGGCUGUUGUCAUGUGCUGCCUGGCUAAGCUGACGCCCCCGCCGGUGACAGGAGCGGUCAGGGCUGUGUUGUGGUGCCGUGGUGGUGGUGUUGGUGGUGUGUGUGUGUGUGUGCGGUCCUCCAGCAGCAUGGACAGCGAUGAUGAAAAUAUAGAAGAGGUUGUGGAAGGUCCGUUGGAUGAAGAUGGGCAGCCCAAUGGUUUCUGCACGGUCACCUACUCAUCCAGUGACCGCUUUGAAGGACACUUCACCCACGGGGAGAAGAAUGGCAAGGGCAAGUUCUUCUUCUUUGAUGGAAGUACCCUGGAGGGUUUCUAUAUAGAUGAUGCUCUGCAGGGCCAGGGGGUGUACACCUAUGAAGAUGGCGGAGUCCUGCAUGGGACGUAUGUGGACGGCGAGCUCAAUGGGCUUGCACAGGAGUUUGAUGGAGAGGGCCAUCUGGUGUUCAAGGGCCAGUACAAAGACAACAACCGCUGUGGGGAAUGCCGGGUCUACUACCCUGACGGGGGCUGUGUGUUUGGGGAGGUGAAUGAGGACGGGGAGAUGACCGGUGACUCGGUAGCGUACAUCUACCCAGACGGUCGCACGGCGCUGUUUGGAAGCUUUGUGGACGGGGAGCUGAUCGAGGCUCGCCUUGCCACCCUGAUCUCCAAUGAGAGCGGAAGGGUACGCUUCGAAGUCACGCCAGACAGUCCUGUGUACUCGUAUGACAAGUCCACAUCCACCUGUGUCGCCACCCACACUCUCCUUCCGGACCCAUAUGAGAGCCAGAGGGUGUUUGUGGCAGACUCUAUGAUUAAAGGAGCAGGACAGGGCUUGUUUGCCAAGAUAGAUGCUGAAACGGACACUGUGAUGGCUUUUUAUAACGGAGUGCGCAUCACACACUCGGAGGUAGACAGCAGAGACUGGGCGCUGAAUGGAAACACAAUCUCACUGGACGAGGACACUGUGAUCGAUGUCCCUCAGCCGUUUGACAAGACAGAGAGGUACUGCGCCUCUCUGGGUCACAAGGCAAACCACUCCUUCACCCCCAACUGUAAAUACGACCCGUUCGUCCAUCCUCGUUUUGGGCCAAUCAAGUGCGUCCGAACACUGAGGGCUGUGCAGAAAGACGAGGAGCUAACGGUCGCCUACGGCUACGAUCACGGGGCGGCGGGAAAGAAUGGCCCAGAGGCUCCCGAUUGGUACAAGCAGGAACUGGAGGUGUUCCAGCAGAGACAAGCAGCUGCCGCUGGCCAAUGAGAAUGCAGAUGAAUACCUCUGGACAAUAAAAAAAAAAAAAAAAAAACCCUCUAUCUGUGCUAUCACCUUACAAGACUCCUGGAGUAUUAUGGCACUUGAUGUCUCCCUUCAGCUGCAACCCACACUGUAGAUAAUUGAGAAGAUACUAUGCUUCAUAUGGAAUUCAAGUGGAAUACUGUUUGAACAACUCAGUAUUGAUUGGAGGCCUUGGAGAUGCAAGGGCCAAAGCAACACAAGAACUAUGCAAGAAACCAAAUGUUAUUAAAGAAGACGUGUCACUAGCUGGAGGUGCUGUUCUGUCCAUUUCGCCACUGUCCUCUUCAUCACAUAUUACUCUUAUGGAAAUGAUUUACAUGCUGAUGGUUGGUGCUUAUAAAUUUAGGGAAUGAUGACAAAUUACUUCCAUUUUUUUUUUUUUCAGUUUUCACUGUCCAUAUCUUCACUUCACUCUGCGUCAGUAGUUUUACGCAGCAGCUGCAGUUUGCAGGGCUCCCCUCGAGGUGUUGAGAUUAACGGCACUAUUUGGACGGCGUAGUGUGCAAACGUUUUAGGCACUUCUUUAGAUUCUUUUUCAUCACACCGUCCCGUCAGGAGGCGUCUGAUGGUCCCAGAUUCAUUCCGCAGCAGGACAACGAGCCCAAAACACACAGCCGCAGACACCCGAGACACCCACAGGAGUCCUGCAGCAGAAGGUCUGGAGCCCACAGGAGCCCUGAUCUCAACAUUUGGUGCUGUUUUAAAGACAAAGGGUGGUCACACCACCUACUGAUCUGAUUCAGUUUUUUUUUCUGUUUACUUUGUAUGAAGUUAAUUAUUCCUGGCAUUAUUUUUAAAACAUCCAGACUUAACAGCAUUUUUUUUUUUCCCACAAGUGCCUAAAACUUUUGCACAGCAGUAUACAUUUACAAAAUGUAACUACAGGCCUGUUCACUUAGGCUUAUGGUAUAUACAGCAUAUAGAUCACAGUGACUAAUUUAUUUAUAAUAUCUGAAAUUGGUAAAGUACUGUAUUUCCUGAGAUUUGUAGAGGUGAUUUGUAACAUAAGGACUCUAGGUGAAAAUAAUGGAUGGUCUACCACUAUAGUACACUCUAUGUGAGCCUGUUCCACUUUUCUAACCUGAUUACCUGUGUUCAGACGCUACACAAUAAAGUCCAAGAUAGA